CAAAUCCAAUAGCAAAAACCAAAUCAAAAACUCAAAUUAUUACCAUAUCCACAUCCCAUCCUUCCAAACCAUAAUAAUACACUCACUCAUAUGUUAAAAAUAAAAAUAAAAAGCAUAAACAAACUCACAAAAUCGUAGGACCCAAUUGCUCCUAUAAUUAUUAAACUCUAAUAAGUAGUAACCAUUUCAUUAUAUUGUUCGUUCCAAAUUGCAAUUACAUUACAAUUUUUGCAUUGGUUGUUUCCACCACCAUGACAUCAACCUACGGCACAAUCCCAACCUCACCAACACCACCAAAACUUGAAUACAUAACACGUGGCAAACAACGGAUCAAGGCCGGCUUAGGAACUCGUCGACCGUGGAAAACCAUGUUCGAUAUCCGGUCACUCGGCAUCCCCACUGGUGUACCGGAAGCAAUUUCACGUGUUCGUGUCAACAUCUCAUACUUCCGCAUGAACUACACUAUGGUGAUGCUUUUGAUUUUGUUUCUGAGCCUUUUAUGGCAUCCUUACUCACUCAUUGUUUUCGUUAUCCUAAUGGCGGCAUGGUUGUUCUUCUACUUCCUCCGUGAUCAGCCGGUGAUUUUAUGGGGUCGGCUUGUUGAUGAUCGAAUUGUGGUUGUUCUCAUGGCGUUUGUUACGGUGGCUUUGUUGCUUCUUACGCAAGCUACUGUUAAUAUUGUUGUUGCGGUUAGUGUUGCCACUGUGGUUGUGGUGGCACAUGGUGUGUUUAGGAAGACAGAGGAUUUGUUCUUUGAGGAAGAAGAAGAAGUCAUUGUUUCUGUUGCUUCUUGAUUUUGAUCUAUUAUGUUCAAUAGUUUAUUAAUCUUUUUUAUUUAUUUCAAUCGUCAUUCUUUUUUCAUUUUUGUUGUGUGCGGAUUGGGUAAAAUAAAAAUGAUUAGUGCAUGUUUAAAGUUAUGGCCAGUUUGACGAAAUUAUGAUCACAUCUAAGAUUUUACUAUGUAAUUUUUGAUAAAUCACUA